AUGGCCAAAUAUAUCGUACAAAUAAUAAUCAUAGGGUCACAGAUAGUCGGCAAGGCGUUCUCCAGAGCUCUCAAACAGGAAUACGCGGCCAGCCAAGAGGCCGCUCGUAGAGCUGGUGGAGGACGUGUUGGAGCAGCGCACGCCGCGGCCAAUGCCAAGGCCGGUAUCACACUAGACGAGGCUAAACAAAUAUUAAAUGUCAAAGGUAUAUACUUGAUCUAUAUUUGCCGUUCCCAGGUUUUGGUAGAACACCUUUGGGUUUAAGAGCCCGGUGUCAACGCCGUUUUUGGCUCAUUAACAUGCUUUACGGGAUUAACUCAUGCCUCGUAGAAUGGUUCGAUUUCGAAGAUUAUUUUUUCGUUGCAAAGAUGAAGACGUCCUAUAGCUCUCAUUGAACCAAUAUAUCUUAAAGAAAAGGUCAAUUUUUAACCAUUUCUAAUUAAUAAUAAUACAAUUUAAUACCAUUAUUUUAAAAAUCCAAUGAAAAAUGCGAGCUGUAAAAUGUUUAUCAAUUAAAAACAUAACAGUCGAAAAUAUUAUGACAAUAAUGAGUUAUCCCUAUUCCCGCAGUCGGUAAAAACGACUGUAACUCUUCCUCCUAAAUAUGUACUAGGUAGUAGACCAGUUUGAAAAUCUCAUCUUGAAAUUUAAAUGUUAAAACUAAUUUUAUAAUUUUUCAAAAUUGGAGAAAAUUUGAAGAACUGAUAUCGGGCAUUUUAAGUUCAUAUUUUAUUUAUUUUGUAACUAUUAUGAAUUUUAAUUACGAUUCGAAUGUGUAUGCUGUUGGUUAAUCUAUUUUCAAAUACUGUACCUACAACUGUAAAUUAUAUAAAAUCAAUUAUUACCUCAUUGGCUUGAUGAAUUUGACUAAUUUAAUAAAUAUAAUAAAAGUACCUAUUUGUGUAAGUAUCUACACCAUAAAUUAUGUCAUGUCAUGUUACAUCAUGUUAAGCAAAUUGGUAUGUUUCUAAAUGUUUUAAUAGUAAAACAAAAUUAUUUUUCAUUUUUAUACCAUGACUGAUAAGAAACUUUUGAUCAAAAAAUAAUGUCGAGAUUCAAAUAAUCAAAUAGGUAUAUCAAUUAUUUAUUAAUUUUAGUAUUCAUAGCUAGUUUAAUCAUUUUUAUUAUAUACCUAGAUUGAUUAUCAUGAAUAAAAUUUAUUUUCUGUAUUUAAAUUCUUAAAAUAACCAAAUAUAUAUAUGAUAUUUUUUUGUUAAGGUAAUAAUAAUAACUAAUAUUUUUUUUAGAUAUGACACCAGAAGAAGUCCAAAAAAGAUAUGAAUAUUUAUUUAGUAUAAAUGAUAAAUCAAAAGGUGGUUCCUUUUACCUACAGUCAAAAAUAUUUAGAGCUAAGGAAAGACUGGAUCAAGAAUUAACUAAUAAAAAAAGUGACAAAGUGUAG